UAGACCCCCGGGGCUGUUGCGCCCUCGCUUCCACUGGGCGUCACGGUGAAAAAGGUUGGGCGCCCCAGGUGAGCGGUCCUGGCACGGAGCGUUGGUUUCGGUCAUCUGUAGGAAAGGCGUUGCGGCCCAAGGAUGAGGAAAGGAAAGGUGCUGCACCACCGCGGAGCUCUGGGAGCUCCGCACCUCAGACCCGAGUCCUCCUGGGCCCAGCCUCAGAGAAAUUGCCCCCUAGUCAGAGAUAUCUGAGCGCCAGUGAAAAGAUUCCCAGAAAAAAAGGCUCAGACCUGAUCUUGGGAUAAGGAUGUUAGAACUGAACGUGCCCCACCCCCGGCUGGCUUCUGGGCGUCCUCCCGUCGCAUUUCAGCUUCAGGAGCGCGCGGACACACAGAACCCCCUCGUGUCACAGGCCUAUAGACUCACAUUUCUCUUAACAACUAGAAGGUUGUAAGAAAGAGAAUGGCAAAUGAAGUCAUGCAGGAAAGCAAUGUGGAUGAUUCUGAUUGAAAAUAGUGAGGAGCCCAGAAGAUUCUGGAAGUUAAUACCCUGGCUGCAGCUCUGUCCUCUGUGAACUCUGGUUCUCCAGGCAAGUAAACUCCAAGGAGUACUGACCAGUUCUUGAAUUUGUAAACCAUGGCCCAUGGAUCAGUGAUGUUCAGUGACGUGUCCGUAGUUUUCUCUCAGGAGGAGUGGGACUACCUGGAUGUGGAACAGAGGGACUUGUACAGAGAUGUGAUGUUAGAGAACUACAAUAACUUGGUCUCGUUGGGAUGCUUCAUUUCUAAACCAGAUGUGAUUUCCUUAUUGGAGCAAGGAAAAGAGCCCUGGAAAGUUGUGAGGAAAGAAAGAAGACGAUAUCCAGAUUUGGAGACAAGGCAUGAGACCAGGAAGUUAUCUUCAGAAAAUGACAUUUAUGAAAUAAACUUAUCCCAGUGGAAGAUAAUGGAAAGAAUUAACAACCAUGGUCUUAAGGACCUUAUUUUAAAAAAUGAUUGGGAGUCCAAAAGAAAAUUUAAAGGACAAGAGGGAUAUUUUGGUCAAGUGAAAAUUACACCUCAAAAAGUGUCCUCUUACCAGAAACGCACAUCCCUUACUCCACAUCAGAGAAUUCAUUUUGUUGAGAAACCCUAUGAAUGUAAGGAAUGUGGGAAGGCCUUUAGAGUACGCCAACAACUUACUUUUCAUCACAGAAUUCAUACUGGUGAAAAACCCUAUGAAUGUAAGGAAUGUGGGAUGGCUUUUAGACAGACUGCCCACCUUACUCGACAUCAGAGACUUCAUUCUGUUGAAAAACUCUAUGAAUGUAAGGAGUGUGGAGAAUCUUUCGUAUGUGGCCCAGACCUUAGAGUACAUCAGAAAAUUCAUACUGGUGAGAAGCCCUAUGAAUGUAAGGAAUGUGGGAAGGCCUUCAGAGUGCGGGGACAGCUUACUCUCCAUCAGAGGAUUCAUACUGGUGAGAAACCCUAUGUAUGCACAGAAUGUGGAAAGGCCUUUAGACAGUAUGCACACCUUACUCGACAUCAGAAGCUUAAUAUUGCUGACAAACUCUAUGAAUGUAAAGAAUGUGGGAAGGCCUUUUUAUGUGGCUCUGGCCUUCGAGUACAUCACAAACUUCAUACUGGUGAGAAACCUUACGAAUGUAAGGAAUGUGGGAAGGCCUUUCGAGUGCGACAACAACUAACACUCCACCAGAGAAUUCACACUGGUGAGAAACCUUAUGAAUGUAAGGAAUGUGGAAAGACCUUUAGUCGUGGUUAUCAUCUUAUUCUUCAUCACAGAAUUCAUACUGGUGAGAAACCUUAUGAAUGUAAAGAAUGUUGGAAGGCAUUUAGUCGUUAUUCACAACUUAUUUCACAUCAGAGCAUUCAUAUUGGUGUUAAACCCUAUGACUGUAAGGAAUGUGGGAAGGCCUUUAGGCUGCUUUCACAACUUACACAACACCAGAGUAUUCAUAUUGGUGAGAAACCUUAUAAAUGUAAGGAAUGCGGGAAGGCCUUUAGAUUGCGCCAAAAACUUACUCUACAUCAGAGCAUUCAUACUGGUGAAAAGCCCUUUGAAUGUAAAGAAUGUAGGAAGGCCUUUAGACUUAAUUCAUCCCUUAUUCAACAUCUGAGAAUUCAUUCUGGUGAGAAACCUUAUGAAUGCAAGGAAUGUAAGAAGGCCUUUAGACAACAUUCACACCUAACCCAUCAUCUGAAAAUUCAUAAUGUAAAGAUGUAAGAAAGUCUUCAGUCCUGUGUUGUAGAACAUGCUAUGAAUGUAGGAAUUAAUCCCUUUUGCUUCAUACAUGUGGUAAUUUAAUAUAUUCUACCAUUACUCAAACCUGAUAAACUUCACAUUCAUUCUAAAAACUAAUAACAAAAGUGCGAAACACACAUCUAUCCCAUCACUUUCCUGCUUAUGUUAUAUUGAACAAGAUGCUUAAGUGCUCUGUGUUGUAAUUUAUUCAUUUGUAAAAUGGUAAUAUGCUGUGACAGAGCAAAAAUGACCAGAAAUUUACUGAUACUCCUCCCAUCAAGAGGUGGAAUCCACAUCCUUUCCCCUUGAAUCUGGUCAGACUUUGACCAGUAGAAUAUAGUAGAAAUACUGCUGUGCAAGUUUUUGGACCCAGGGUUUACUUGUAGAUUUUACUUCAUCUCUUGAGAUACUCUCUCAAGUUCAGAUCCUAACUUGUUAUGUUAAAAAGUCUGGCUACUCUGCUGAAGGGACUACAUGGAGAAGCCCUGAGACAACAGAAAGGGAGAGGCACCCUGUUUGGCCCAGCCGUACAGACGUGUCCACCGACACCAGACAUUUGAGUGAAAUAAUUUUGGAUCCACCAGACUAGCUACCAGCAGAAUGCCCCUGAGUGACUCUACAGUGAGUUGAUGCUAUACAGAACAGAAUCGACCAACUGAGACCUUGCCCAAAUUCCUGACCCACAAAAUCAUGAGAUACAGUCAAAUGGUUCUUUUAAGCCACUGAAUUUUGUUUUGUCAUCAUUAAUAUUACUCUUGAAAAUUCAUGAAGAUUUUGGGCACAGUGAAUAUGGAAAUGCCCUUCACCAACACUCAUUCCUGUUGGACUUAAGAUAAUCUAUUGUUAAAAUAGUGAAAGUGAGAAAUGCUUUUUUUCAAUUCGUUCAUUAAAAAGCAGAUUUUCUACAAUCUA